AUGCCAAAAACAAGAUUACUUGUCGUAAAAGAACAUCUGCUCAAGUACAGAACAAGUGAAGGUGAUAGAGAUGAAGGGUUUGAAGGUCAUCUUGAAUGGAACGAAGAGGAUCCAUUGUUGUUGGAAGCUAUUGCAUACUUCUACAAAGCUGUAAAGAACAAAUACUAUUCCGAAGUCCGUUCUUUUCUGGGUUAUCUGUUUCCAUCAGGUGUGGACGAUGCUCGUCUUCCCAAUAUUCAUAGUCUUCUACUCAAUACGUCUUCAGAAGAAUCAUUGAAAGAAGCUCUUCUUCUUUCCAUCGCUACUGGUAGUCGUCCUCUUGUAGAGUUUGUUCUUGCUCUAUUUGUGGAUUGUCCAUAUUUUGAAAGAAGUGGUUGUGCAAACUCUUCCCACUUCCCACCGCAUAUGACACCACUGAUGCUCGCAUGUAUUCUUAACAACUUCUCAAUAGUUCAAUGUCUUCUUCUCCGUGGUCAUACUAUUCAGAUUCCUCAUUUCUUGACAUGUGAAUGCCGAGUAUGCAAACGUCAAACUUUAACCAAUCGUUCAUCUCCUCUUCUUGUUGACGUCAUGCGUGCUGUAUCAUCUGAAGCAUUUCUCUGGCUCGCCACAGUUGAUGUUUUUGCUGCUGCAUGCACAGUGACACACGAUUUGCAACAAUUGAUAAAGGAUGACUGUUUGGAACAUGUUGAAAUCUAUCGUCACCUGGAAGCGAAUGUUCAACGUUUUCUAGCUCGAGUGUCUGAUCAAGCAUGGAGAGUUGAAGAGUUCAAUGUGCUUGUUUCUAACAAGAAUUACUGUGCUCGAAGAAUGUCGGAAAUUCAAUCACCUCGUCUUCAGAUGGCAAUGGAUUCUGAGAUGAGACAAUUCACAUGUUCAACUAAUUCCCAGACAGCUAUCAAAUCAGUUUUUCGUGCAGAUUGGCUCAACUUUGGAAACAAACCAAAACGUGAUGCGUGGCGUCUUCUUCGUGCUUCAGUUCUCAUGCCAGUUCUUGUUAUGAUUCAUGCAAUUUUUCCCAACAAGGGCACCACAAUGGCUGUUCCACUUGCAAGAUAUAUUGCUCAUGUAACUAUGUAUUGUUUCUUUUUGACUGCUGCAAUUCUUCGUCCAGCUCUCUCCUUCUAUCCAGAGCAGAGUGUAUUUGGAUGCAAGUUUCUUAAAAAAAAUAUCAACUGUUUCAAUUUAAUUCCAGACGAAAUAUCAAUAAGACUACUUGAGAUAUUUAUGUACGUGUACAUUAUUGGACUGUUUCUGGAGAAAGGACUUAUGUUUUACCGUGUUGGGAGUGAUGUCUUCUUCUCAUUUUGGUGGAGAUGGUUUGAUGUUUUUCUCAUAUUCUCCUUCCUCACAUCAUUUGUAUUCUUCCUUGGAGCGAAUUCGAACAGAGAAGUUUUCGAUACUUCUUCAAUUGAUAGGAUGCAUUGGCCGUCUGGAGAAUUCGCACUUCUUCAUGAAAUAUUUCUGUCGAUUUCGUGUGUUUUAGCGAUUUCGAAAUGCUUCUAUUACAUUCAGAUGAUUAAGGGAGUUGGAGGAUCUGUGAUUUCAAUAGGAAAGUGUGUUGGAAAGACGUAUACUUAUCUUCUCAUCAUGCUUGCUAUCAUUAUUUCCUUUUCUGUUGGUCUUAACAUACUUGUUAGUCCUUACUUGAAUCGAAAAUCAAUCAAGAAAGAUAAUACUCCGGAUAAAAUAACAACAGACCAAUAUGCAUCCAUUGGCACAUCAUCGAAAAACCUUUUCUGGUCAAUAUUCGGAUACUUGGGACCUUCAACCUAUACUACGGUUGUUGGAAAUACUGGAGCUGAAAUGGAUCCUGUCUCACACAACUUGAAUUCUGCCACUCUCGAAAUUCUCGGAGCUCUUUACCAUGGAAUUAUUAUCAUUACCGUACUCAAUCUGAUGACGUCACUACUUGUGAAAAAGGCUGAUGAAGUAUUGGAUAAUGAGGAGAUGGAAUUCAAGUAUACCCGAGCGGCAAUGUUCGCUGAAUUUGUUUCUUGGGAGAUGGCUGCACCUCCCCCAUUCAAUCUUAUUCUAGUUGUUGCUCAUCUACUGCAUCGGAAUGUGUUUAAACGCCCAUUUCCAUCGCCGAAUUGGGGAGAUAAGCCAGAGACCGAAGAAUUCGAUAUUGAAGAAAUGGAAUUUGAGUAUAUGACCCUUGCUACAAUCAUAUUCAAUCGUUUCUGUGCUUCCAAAGAGUGUAAAUUUAAAUCAAUCUGGAGGACAGAAUUCCCGAAUCAAGAUAAAGUUCCGACACAUGUUUCCUUCAUGUCAACUGGUCCACACUCAUUCCCAAUGGAUAAUACAUUCGAGGGAUGGAGAAAAAGAGAAACUAGAAAAAUGAAGGUCCCGAACUAUGAAGAUUAUGAUAAUAUGGGACAAGGAGACAAAAAUGUGGAAGUUCCAGCAAAAGCAACAUCUGUCCGUGGUCCAUACUCUUUUCCCACUACGAAAGUGGAUCCACUCGCUUCGAAACAAACAGUAGACAAAGGAAUUCCUCCAGUUUGA